UCGCGCCACAACGACCAUAUCACGUACGACAUGCUCAAGAUGAACUGCAAACUCGUCUCCGCGUGCUUGUUCUUCGCGAUUGUCGCGGCCAGCGGCCUUCCAGCUCAGGAAGAGGCCCGCAGCAACUCCAUCCAGACCGAGAGUGACCUUCUGGAUUCGAUCUACACCGAUUGUUUACGAAAAGACUCGCUGUCCUGUCUCAAGUACAAAAUCUACAGUUUCGUCGACAAAACCCUAGGACAGAAAGAUACCAUCACAGUAACCGAUGGGAUUCAGAUCGUGAAAAGCGGCAACGAAAAAGACGGUGCUCCUCGUGCGUUUAACGGAGAUGAAACCAUCGAGUCCCUCGUCUUGGACCGUGUCUCCCGCUUCCUGAACAGCCACACCAUCAAAGUUGACCUGAAAGGAAGCGAUCUAGUCAACGCAGUCCAAUCCGGAGCAAGAAGUCUAUCAGAAGUCGUGGAAGAUGACGCAGUUGAAGAAGGCAGAGGUAAGAAAAAGAAGAAGGGAGGUAACAUGGGAGGUCUCAUGGCCAUCCUCGCACUCAAGGCCGCCCUCCUGGGAAAACUCGCACUCUGGGCCAUCGCACUCAUCGCCGGAAAAGCCCUGAUCAUCGGUAAAAUCGCCCUGGUCCUCUCGGCCAUCAUCGGAAUCAAGAAACUCCUCGGCAGUCAGGGCCACGGGAAACACGUAACGUACGAAGUGGUGGCGCACCCGCAGCACAGCAGCAGUCACGUGGCGACUCACGAGGUAGCAUACUCCGGUGGUUCAGGACAUGGGGGUGGUUAUGGAGGUGACAUUGGGGGAGGAAGUUACGGAAGUUCGGGACACGGUGGAUGGGGAAGGUCACUUGACGCCCAACAGUUAGCUUACCGAGGUCAAUUACCAGCCCAGCAACAACAACAAUAGGAACCUAAUUAACUGGUUCAGUACCUGCCAAAUGACGGUCUAACCCCCUGCAGGAGCACACAACCUAGAUGUCUAAAUGUACAUUUUUUUCAGAGACAUUUUCGUUGGAGGCCUGCAAUCAGACCUACUAAGUUUUUUAUUUCUAUUUAUGUAAUUUAUUUCAAACGUUAAGCUUAAGUAACUUAUUGUAGCGAUAAAUACUCUUGACGAUAUAAAAAUAACGACAGACGACAGACUUGGACUAUUUAUUGAAACGUUAACCAUGACAGCCCGAAUUUUUUUCGGGAUUAAGAUUGUAGCUUUAAGUGAUUUUGUUAUUUUUUUACGAUAGAAAAUAAAGAAAUAAACGACUUUUCGAUAAAAGAACUUUAAGAACCGAA